AUGAAUGCUGCCAACAAGAGCUUUCAGAUAGCUCAGAUGGCUACAGUUCUUCCCCUAGGUGUGAAUCGCCAUUUCCACAUGAUUUGUAUCCGAGAUAAAUUCAGUCAGAAUAUCGGACGGCAGAUUUCUUCCAAAGUGAUUUGGGACCAUCUGAGCACCAUGUAUGAUAUGCAAGCUCUUCAUGAAUCUGAGAUUCUUCCGUUCCCUAAUAUAGAGAAGAAUUUUGCUCUUCCUGACGAAAUGAUUCAAGAAGUGAGAGAAGGAAAAGUAAUGAUAGAAGAAGAAGUGAAAGAGGAAAUAAAAGAAGAGAUGGAAACGCAUGCAGGUCCAGAAGAAGUUUUUGCACCCUCUGGAAGUUUAGGAAAAGCAACUGAAAAGCCGAGCAGCAAAGAGAAAGAGAAAACUUCAUCAGAUUCUGGGUCCAAAGAAGGAUCUGAUAAGAGGAAGCGCAACAGAGUGACUGAAAAGGUCUUAAAUGCAAACAGUAAUCCUUCCAGUCCAAGUGCUGCAAAACGACGCAGAACAUAAAGCAAGCUGUGAAAGAGAGAAGUAAUAAACUCUGGAACAUGAGGAGGGAACAGUAAAAAUGAGUAGCAGGAUAGUCGCUACGUAAACUUUUUGAGAAAGGAAAAGAUAUCUGAGCCAGGUAUUUGAAGAAUCUGCACAUUGGCUUUAUACAUGCAAGACUUUGUCCGUCUUUCCUGAUGUGUUUUCUAGCCAGCACCGAGUAGCUGAGCGAUGGCUGCCUUCUCGGGGCGUUGGGGGAGCAAGCUGGCAGCGUUAAGAGUUUAUGCGUACGUAACAAUUCCGGUGGCUGCAUUUUGGACAGGUAACACGCUCUGUGUCAGCAUAGUUCCUGAAACAAGUGCUCGGUGAAACACAGAGCCUCAGUUCAUGAAAAGCAUAGGUUAUUUCUAUAAAUUUGGGGUCGUUUUUUCUGCCUUUGCUUUGUUGCUGUUUUUGAAUAUUACAGACCCUUUGUGGGUAGCGGUGUUUGGCCAUUUUACUUACUGCAAACGUAACGUUUGUAUCAAAUGUCUGGAUUUGUUGGUUCAGUAAAACUAAAAUUCUUUUAAAUACAGGUAACUACUGAGUUGAAGUAUUCUUUCGCUCUGUUUGCUGGAGGAACCUUUACUUCUUUCGCCCUUAGUCACGUAACGUUUUUCAAUCUUUAUAAGUUUAUAUACCGUAAGUGAAGUGAAAAUGGUAAUGCCCCGUGAAUAAUAAUAAUAAGUAUCCUAAAUAGAAUACGCAGUGAUGUCACGUGGUUUUGUAAGGGAUCAGCUGAGCUGUGCAUGAACCUGGAGAUGUUAAUUCAUCCGUUUGUACUAUAGUAGUAUAUAACAGUGGGUUUUGUACUUCAUUAUUUAUUUUUUUUAAAGCAGGUUUAGUAGAUGUUAAUGGAAUUGGUAUUCCAAAACGUUGAUUUUGUUCUACAACUUAAGAUUAUCUUACUGACAUUGUAAUGCUUAUCUUUUAUAUGCUAGAAUGUUGAGAUUUGAUAGAAGUUACUAUUUUUGUGUUGUGAAAAGAUGGACCGCAAUCAACAAACACGUUAAAUGGUGAAUGAAGUAGGCUGAAGUGUUACUGAAUUUGUUUCACCAUAUUAACUAUCAGUUAAUAAAAAAGAAGAAUUACUUCCUAUUCUACCAGUAUUGCCUUCAAGGUGAGGAACUAGGAAUCUACUCGUUUUUGCUUCUAUUCUAGGUGCGUAGCCAAGGUCUCGUCUGCCUUAUUUGCUUCGUUUGUUUUAUACCAAGAAUAAAUUUGACUUGUCUUUA